UAAACAUUUUGUAAGGUUAAGUUACUCUAAGUGUGUUAAUUACGUUAGUCAUGAAUUUCUUGGCCAAAAAUGUAAUGAAUAUAGCGAGAACUUACAUAGCAAAUACCAUUCAAAGUAGCAACCUAAUUACAAAAUUUUGUGGAAACAGCUAUCAUCAAGGAAACGUACUGAAUACCACAAGAAUAUGUAUGAAUACAGUACUGCAAGGAUUGGGACAGAUCAGAUUUGGGAGCACCUUAUGGCAAAUGCAUAGGAGAGGCAGAUCAUAUAAAAAGCACAAACCUUCGAAGAAUCCUUUUGAUGGUGCACCAUUUAUGAAAGGCGUAAUUUUAAAAACUGUUAUCAGAAAACCAAAAAAACCUAAUUCUGCGAAUCGAAAAUGCGUCAUUGUGAGAUUGUCGAACGGCAAAGAAAUGACGGCAUAUGUACCUGGAGUCGGUCAUAAUCUACAGGAGCAUAAUAUAGUACUGUGCAGGAAUGGACGAUUGCGAGAUACACCUGGAGUUAAGAUAAAAUGCGUACGUGGAAAGUACGAUUUACCACAUGUACAGAAGCGCAAUUAAUUUAUAACUGUUAAUUGUCAUCGUACUAUGUGUGACAAAAUUAAUGUAAUUUAUGUAAAAAAAAAAGGACACAUCAGCUAUAGCAUUAUUAUCUAUACUUUUGUUAAUGUAAAA